AUGUGGCAUAAGGAUGUAGAACCGCUUUUAGGUGUUACCAUAUUGUGGAUGAAACUUGAAAAAACAAUGAUUAUUGGAAAGGAAAGCCAAAGAACUGAUGCCGUCAAACAAAUAGGCAAACAGAUACCGCCAGCUCCAAGACCUGAACAAGGAAUCAUGGAGGACAAUCAAGGAACAGUUGUAAUGACAGAUUAUUGUGCUGAUGAACUCCCUUUGGAAUUGGGAUUGGAGGAAGAAGAAGAUAAUGAUAAUGAUGAUGAUGAUGGUGAGAAUAAUGGUGCAUCCGAAGAUGAAGAGGAACAAGGGGACGGAUUCAGAUUCCAAGGAGAGAUGAACCCUCUAGCAUUCGUAGAAGAACACGACGCUGCUGGACUCCAGCCUUAUGAGCGUUUUGAACAAAUACAGUACCACUACGAGGCCUUGGCUGCUAAGAAGCGCAAUAGUCCUGCCUCACCUCAUCACUACUCCCGUGAAACGCUGGCGAAGAGGUUAAGGCAGGAGGAGAUUCAUGGAGCAAGUUUUGAGGAAAUAAUGGAGGCCAUGAAUUAUGGUAUGAGGAGAAAGUCAAAGAAGACCAAGAAAAAGGGAAGGAGGAAGGGAUCAAAGAAAAAAGUUAACUCAGAAUUAACUCGAAAACUUGGUGAUGCCACUCUUCAUUAUGCACACGGCCGCUAUGAGGAGGCUAUCAGUGUUUUGAAUGAAGUAAUUCUUCUUGCCCCUAAUUUAUCUGAUCCAUACCAUACACUUGGUCUUAUUUAUAAUGAAAUGGGUGAUAAGAAGAGAGCCUUGAAUUUCUAUAUGAUUGCUGCACAUCUGACCCCAAAGGAUGCAUCACUCUGGAAACUCCUUGUUACCUGGUCAAUGUCAAAAGCUUCCAGAGCGAAGAGGUUGCUUCGGAAGAAGGCUACAAUAAAGGAAGCGAAAAAAGCUGCAGCAUUGGCUGCUGGGAUUGAUUGGAAGAGUGAUGAUUCAGAUGAUGAGUGCCCUCAAGAUAUGCUUGAGCCUCCGUUGCCAAUUCUAAAAAAUGAAGAGCACCAUCAUCUCAUCAUAGAUCUUUCCAUUUCUUGUCCUUGUAUCUUGGAGAAAUUCUACUAUAAGGUUGUUAUCUAG